AUUUCCUGAGCACCCACACCUGGAUCCACUCCUAUCUGCACCGGGCGGACUCCAACCAGGACAGUAAGAUGAGCUUCAAGGAGAUCAAGAGCCUGCUCAGAAUGGUCAACGUGGACAUGAAUGACAUGUACGCCUACCGCCUCUUCAAGGAGUGUGACCACUCCGACAACGAGCGGCUGGAGGGGACCGAGAUUGAGGAGUUUCUGCGGCGACUGCUGAAGCGCCCGGAGCUGGAGGAGAUCUUCCAUCGGUACUCGGGCGAGGACCGCGUGCUGAGCGCCCCUGAGCUGCUGGAGUUCCUGGAGGACCAGGGCGAGGACGGCGCCACGCUGGCCCACGCCCAGCAGCUCAUCCAGACCUACGAGCUCAAUGAGACAGCCAAGCAGCACGAGCUGAUGACCUUGGAUGGCUUCAUGAUGUACCUGUUGUCACCAGAGGGGGACGCCCUGAACCCGGCCCACACGUGCAUGUUCCAGGACAUGGACCAGCCCCUCGCCCACUACUUUAUCUCCUCCUCCCACAAUACCUACCUGACCGACUCCCAGAUUGGGGGGCUCAGCAGCACUGAGGCCUACGUUAGAGCCUUCGCCCAGGGAUGCCGCUGUGUGGAGCUGGACUGCUGGGAGGGGCCGGGAGGGGAGCCCGUCAUCUACCACGGCCACACGCUCACCUCCAAGAUCCUUUUCCGAGAUGUGGUCCAGGCCGUGCGUGACCACGCCUUCACGCUGUCCCCAUACCCUGUCAUCCUCUCCCUCGAGAACCACUGUGGGUUGGAGCAGCAGGCCGUCCUGGCCUGCCACCUCCGCACCAUCCUGGGGGACAUGCUGGUGACACAGGAGCUGGACUCCCAGAACCCCGAGGAGCUGCCGUCCCCAGAGCAGCUGAAGGGCCGGGUCCUGGUGAAGGGCAAGAAGCUGCCAGCUGCUCGGAACGAGGAUGGUCGAAUCUUGUCGGACCGGGAGGAGGAGGAGGAAGAGGAGGAGGAAGAAGAGAGGGUGGAGGCUGCAGAGCAGAAGCGGCAGGCCAAGCAGAUCUCCCCGGAGCUGUCGGCCCUGGCCGUGUACUGCUGUGCCACGCGCCUUCGGACCCUGCGCCCUGCCCCCGUCCCACCCCAGCCCUACCAGGUCAGCUCCCUCAGCGAGCGCAAGGCCAAGAAACUCAUUCGAGAGGCAGGGAACAGCUUUGUCAGGCACAAUACCCGGCAACUGACCCGUGUCUACCCAUCGGGGCUUCGGAUGAACUCGGCCAACUACAGCCCCCAGGAGAUGUGGAACUCAGGCUGUCAGCUGGUGGCCCUGAACUUCCAGACGCCAGGCUACGAGAUGGACCUCAAUGCGGGGCGCUUCCUCGUCAACGGGCAGUGCGGCUACAUCCUGAAACCUGCCUGCCUGCGGCAGCCUGACACAAACUUUGACCCCGAGAGCCCUGGACCCCCCAGAACUACUCUCACCAUCCAGGUGCUGACUGCACAGCAGCUGCCCAAGCUGAACGCUGAGAAGCCGAGCUCCAUUGUGGACCCCCUGGUGCGUGUUGAGAUCUACGGGGUGCCCAUGGACUGUGCUCGAAAGGAGACCAACUACGUGCUUAACAAUGGCUUCAACCCCCACUGGGGGCAGACCCUGCAGUUCCAGCUGCGGGCUCCAGAGCUGGUGCUGGUCCGGUUUGUGGUAGAAGAUUAUGACACCACGUCCCCCAAUGACUUUGUGGGCCAGUUUACACUGCCUCUCAACAGCCUGAAGCAAGGGUACCGCCACAUCCACCUGCUUUCCAAGGACGGGGCCUCCCUGUCACCAGCCACCAUCUUCGUCCAUAUCCGAGUCCAGCACUCCCGAGGGCCCGACUGACCCCCUGUGGACACAGCUGUGAGCGGCGAUCAUCACCGCCCCGUUUCUGAAUGCAGAAAAGGCCCGGCCGGCGGGAAAGCCUCUGAGUAGGACUGGCUCCACCUAGGACUCCACCUGCAGUCCGAGAUCAGGCCCUCCCCACAGCUUGGCACAGUCCCUCCACCUUCCUCCUUCUCAAAGCCAAUCAUUCCAGCCAAUUCAGGAGGGGAACUGGACAGAACUGCCCACAUCCUCUUCCUCCUGCUCCCCCAAGAAAAGCCGAUACCUGCUUUCAGAAGAGAACAAUUCACUGUAGCAAUGUGUACGUCUGGCCCUGUCCUUGAUUCUAAUUUUCAGGAAUGAUCUGAAUUCAGCUUUUCAUUAGAGACUGAACAUCCUUGUACAUUUGGAACAUGAAAGAUAUUUAAAAUAUUUAUAUAUAUAUAA